AUGAAGGUAAUAAAACCUUCUCCGAAUAGUCCUUUAGGGAAGCCAUCUAGUCGAUCGAACCCCAAGGACGAAUGGGAAGACUGGGAAGAUUCGGACGGGGAGGUACAAAGAGUGACGGAGGAUAAGGAUAGACUCCUCAUUGACCUUUCGGAUGAUAUAGCGCGCAAGUCGUUCAGGUCUACUACUACACAGAGCAUUUCGCGCAAUCCAAUACGAUACUCGAUCCAAAAACCAACUCGUGUGAAGUCCAGAGCUAGGCAGAAGGCCCAGAAUGCAAAGGCUGGUAUCAAAGUCGUCACAGACAUGUCCAACUUUAGUCGACCAGUACCAGCUACGCAACAACCAAAAUUUGCUGAUGCUGUCGCUCUUCACGCUCUAGAAGGAGAACCUUCCUCUGCUUCGAUUGGCAGUUUUUCGUGGCUUAAGCAAAGACCUGGGUACAUGGGUGGUGCGAGAGCAAGCAACAGGCUCGUACAGGCUCCCACUUCAGACCUUUCUCCGGUAGCUCGACCAAUCGUCAUCGGAAUAGCGGUACCUUCGGAUAACUUGCUGGAUCAUCAGCCUAGCCCACAGACUGCAGUCAUCGAGACGCCAAAUGAUCUGCGAAGAUACGCUCCGAAACAGGGAAAUCCUACAGCUCUCACACCACAACAGUUGCGCUCCGUGUGGUCUCCAGACACAGAAGAGAGUGAAUCGCCAUACCAGUCGUCUAGAGCUGUGUCAAGUUUUUAUUCACAGCCCAGCGUAUAUGGCGGUACUGCAGUAAAUGCUGAUGUACCUCCCGUACCCACCCUACCAGCAGACCUUAAACCCAAGGAGAGGCAAUCUGCAUGGCUUGAUCUGGACGAUGAUGACAGUAUUGGAACACCGUGCACUCUUUUUGAAGAAGACGGGAGUCCUACGGCGGUUCGCAAGUCAGCCAAGCCUCAAGCAACGAUAGUGAGUCCCGAAAGUGCCAACAGUCCAUCUCGUGGCUGGUGGGACCAUAUCACGACUCCUUUUGUACAACAAACCAACCCCUUCAAACAGCAACCGCAGCCGCAGCUGCAGGACACACGUUUGAGCUCUUCACCGCAGCAAUGGAACCCAUUCAAAAAGCAAGUACAGGAACCUAUUCUUAACACUACAGCAGCUCCUCCUCAAGGAUGGUGGGCUGGAGUGGACGAAAAAGGCAAUCCCUUGCAGCCGGAUACCAGACAACAGCCGAAUAACUCAACUCCCAAUCCCUCAUCACUAUCGCCGUCGGCUCCCCAAGAAUGGUGGAAUAAGACUGCCGAAAAGGGUAGUACAUCUUCAAAGGGGUUGGCUAGCAAUACACCAGUGAUAUCUCAGCAGCAGUUCACAGCUCAGCCAGUCGCCACCUCGUCUCGUGCAGCAUCACCCGACCGCCGCGAGGGACAUUCCGAGAAAGCCAGGAUUCUUCUGGAGGAGAACCAGAAGCCGAGCGAAGAACCACCGCCAUAUUCACCUCCUAAGGCAGUUAAUCAAGUCAAAUUUGGCGUGAUACUACCCCCUCCACACGUGGUCAGCUCUCAACGUGUCCCGUCCCCCGGUCCAAUGACGCCAAACUUACCGGGAACGAUGACUUCUCAAGGCGCCAUUGACAUGGCAGAAAUCCCCUUGACGCCCUCUGGGAUCCGUACCGUACAACCUGCCGUGCUCCCCGACCGCGCACCUGGCUCGUACGUUCCCGGCGACCAUUUUUACGAAAUUCGAGGCCACGCCAAUAGAACUGAAAUGCAGCGGCGUCGUCACGAGAAGGAGGAAGUGGUCGCCAGGAAGGUUGGCGGCUUUUGGAGAGGCCGCGGUUGCAUGCCCCAAAAUGGGUGCUUCGGACGCCCGGGUCGAGAAGGGAGGAAGAGAAGGCGGAUUUGUUUCGCAGUUAUCGGUGCUCUAAUUGUUGCGAUUAUUCUCGCUGUGGUGUUAGCUGUUGUCUUUACACGGCGGCAUCCGGACGAAAGCCAGACCCCUUCGAUUUGGCUCAAUUUGACGGAUUUCCCGCCGAUGCCCACCGGAGUUUUGACCGUUUCUGGUCCGGACAAUUCCGAGGCGAAAUCGGGCUGUCUCAUUGAAACACCAGACACAGCCUGGUCGUGCUCCCUGCCGAAGGAAGAGCAUGAUUCAGUAGCCCCCCAUCAGCCUAGCCAGCCUGAGUUCAUUUUCCAGAUUCAAUAUGACAACAAUACUCGAACUCUAUGGAAUAUGACCAACGAGGACCAGGCCGGCAGGAAAGGACAGAGCUUCCUGACGGACCAAGGGUUCACACCGAACCCGGCACCCCCUUCCAUCGCAGAGAUGCGUUUUCUAGGGAAUACCACGGAUCACAUCGAAGAAGACGACAAAGCAGGAGAGCCGACACCGUUCUUCAUUAGUCUCUUAACAUCGAUCGAAAAAACAGUCGGUCCUAAUAUGCUUACUCGUCGGCAAGAACCCAAUAAUACCAUCGGUUCGAGGGAUGACGCGGCGUUCGACCUUAUAAGUGAUCUUCCUCCCCCGAAGACGAACGGCGACGGCACAGUUGCUCCAGCCCAACUCUUCCCGCACGCCACCCAGCAGCCUAUUCGUCUGUUCGAUCGCGGCUUGUCUACCGAGCACUAUGGCUUUUACACUUACUUCGACAAGACUAUGUAUAUGAUCGACACCGUAAAAGCGAACCCAGGAGACGAGGACGGCGGCGCCGCCUUAGCCGCGGCCAAGUCUAUAGUAACAUUUGCCCAGACGCGCUUCCUCGUGCAAAUCUGGACACGCAUGGAGAACACCACGCGCCUGGUCGGCGGCGGCCCCGUGCCCUGGACCAACGGCUCCGCGGCCGCAGACACUCCCGGCACCAUGCCGUACCCGGUGACCGUGACCGAGGACAUGCACGGCGGGGACCGGAGCAAGAAGAUCAACUACCGGUUCGGGAUCCUGGGUAACCACGCGGUCAACCUGACGGACGCCCAGCUCAUCCUGUCCGACCGCGGCUUCGGCGGCACCCUCGUCAACCCCACGAGCAAUGCCGACUCGUCCCUCGGCGGUAUCGACGGCGGUACCGGCGGCUGUAAGUGCGAGUGGAUCAACUUUAAGAACCUCAAUAAAGUCGCUGUAUGA